UCAAGAUCAAAUUAAAAAAUAAUUCUGCCAUUCGCUUUGGCCUCCACUUCUGUACAAACUCCCAAAUCUAUUCCAUGCCCCCACGCCCUAGCUGUAGUCUCUUGAGCUAGCAAUAGAGCUUUUUCGAACGAAGUUGAGAGAGAGAAGAGGAGGAGAGUACCAUGAUUGCAGCCCAAGUUCCGGCUUUGAUGGAGAAAGAGGGAGCGGCGCCGCCUGAAACCCUAGCCUUUGGCGAGGGCUCCAAGCCAGCGAAGAUGGGGAAAGUGGGCAGAGCGGAGGUGGACACGUCGGCGCCAUUCGAGUCUGUUAAGGAGGCCGUGGAUAGAUUUGGAGGGAGCGCAGUUUGGAAGUCUCAGCUCAAGCUGUUUUCCAACUCUCUCAAACACCACUCAGUGGAGGAUUUUGAGCUUAUGAAUGUGCAAGAGCAAUCUGCUCAACUGGAGAAGGAACUUGUGCUAAAAGAACGGGAAACUUUGGAGGUUCUAAAGGAACUUGAAAGGACUAAAAGAAUUGUAGAUACCCUGAAAAUUAGAUUGCAGGAAAAGUCACCUGAAGUCAUUAAAUUCCCUGAAACCCACCCAGAUGACUUAAAGCUUCAUCCUGUCAUAGAACCGGAAGGAGAGAUCCCCACUGUUAAUUCCAGCCAUGCAGUCAAGCAAACAACACAAUCUGCGGCAUCUAUUUUAGCUGGUCUCAGCCAAGCAAAGAUGAAUCUGAGCAGGAAAACAGGUGACCUGACCGACAUUCGAGCUUCCAUAGACACACUAAACCAAAAUUUAGAGGAGGAGAAGGACUUAAUCAAGAAGUCCCAUGAAAGCCUUUCUUCAAAAAGAGCCAUUGUUUCUUCUUUAGAAGAUGAUUUGAAGCAAAUGACUUCAAAGCUACAGUUGGCCAACGAUGCAAAAGACAAAUGCAAUGGAGAUCCUGCAAGCAUCUCAGCAGAGAUAAAGAAUCUAACUUCUGAGAGAGAACAUUUUAACCAAUCCGUGAAAACGGCCAAAUCAGAAAUAUCGAGACUAGUUUCUGAGAUUGAACAGACAAAGGUUAGUAUAAAGGCUGCUGAAAUUAGGUGCUUAGCUGCUAAGAAGAUGGAAGAAGCAGCUAAAGCCACUGAAGCCUCUGCACUUGCUCAGACUAAAGCUCUAAUAAACAGCAACAGCUCAACUUCAGGUUUGCAAAACCACCCUUCCAUGGUCCUUCCAAUUGAAGAAUAUAUAAUCCUGACUGACAAAAUACAAGAGGCAGAUGAAACCUCAAGGAAGAAAAUUGAAUGUGCCUUGCUUGAGGUCGAAAAAGCCAACCAAUCUAAGCUGCAGCUGAUGUCAAAAAUGGAGGAAGCUGAAGUAGAUUUGAAAACCAGCAAGAAGUUUCUGGAAGAAGCCAUGAACCGUGCAGAGGCUGCGAACCGUGGAAAGCUUGCAGUCGAAGAAGCACUGCGGAGAAGGAGAUCCGGCCAUGGCCAACGGGGACGCUACAUUCAUAACUCCACCAAGUUCAAGAACUCUUUUCCUGGUCAUCACAAACGAGACUCCAGAAUGCUCGAUCUUAACGGGCUUAAUUUGAUGAAUGAUUGUGAUAGGACUGGAAAAAAGCACACCUUGUCUAUAGGAGAAAUACUAAGCAGGAAAUUAGUUGGUCCUGGAGAUGAUUAUGGUACAGAAAUAUACAAAAGAUCAAAUGAAGAAGCCAAGGUUUCACUUGGUCAAAUACUUAGUAGAAAACCUGAAGUUUUAUCUCCUCAGAAUGGUUGUGGACCUGCUCGCAAGCAUCAUCACACAAAGAGGAAGAAAUUUGGGUUUGCUUUGUUCUCACAUCUGUUGAGAAAUGAAAAACUGAAGAACAAGAAGAACAACAAGAACAGGAAGAGGAAGCAAAUUUCCGUUUCUGGGUAAUUCUGAAUGGAUGAUAAGUAGGCAUCUACAACUCUUGCUGAUAUGUCUAGUUUUGUACCGGAUAUAAUUCUUGCUACCAAGUUCACUGCUUGUUAAAUAUUAACAAAUCUUCUUAUGGCUGUAAAAUGUGUGUUUUUACACUGGUUGUAUAUAGUCUUGAAAAUCUAAGCUUUGCGUACAGAAGCUAUCAAGUUUUGAUGACUUAAGUUGAAGCAGAAAUUGAUCAUAGUUUGCUACUAUUGUUGUAGUGGUUGUAACAUGAUUAGUUGAAAGGAAAUAUCGUAUUAUGAAAAGUCAAUGCAGUGUAUUGAAAAGUCUUGCAUGAAAAGUCAUUGCAGAGUUAGACUUUUCAUAUUUCCUAUAAGUCAGUUAUGUAUUUCUUUAAAACAGGUUAUAUGUGUGGGGAUGCUAAAGCUAUUGCAAUUA